AUGGCUGAAGAAACGUCCGCUAAGGUACCAUUGUUGGCAGAUCUUAAUCGACGAUACAGUAUUGAAGAUAUAAGUGAAACUCUACCUAAAACAACUGGAUAUGGUACAACAGAAGUAAAUCCUCGCUUUACAAGGAAAAGGCUGCUCAUAGUUGGAAGUGUUUUGAUGACCGAAUUAUGUGAACGUUUAACGUAUUAUAGUGUGGUGGCUAAUUUGAUAUUGUUUUGCACCUCCACUUUAGAUAUAUCGUCAACUGAUGCAGCAAGGAUCAAUUUAGUAUUUUCUGGUUCAGUGUUUAUCAUACCAAUUUUCGGAGGAUAUAUUGCAGAUGCUUUUACAGGAAAGUAUAACGCUAUAUUUGGAUCUGGAUUGAUUUACGUCAUCGGCUUAGUUUUAUUGCCAGCCUCGGCGGUUGACUACAAGGCUUGGUUUGGAAAUCAUAACGACAUAUCUACUGAAACAAGAAGAGGAUUUUUCAUAUCAUCGCUUGUCCUAAUUGCUAUAGGGACUGGAGGUAUUAAGGCUAAUGUUGGACCAUUUGGUGCUCAACAGGUUGAAAAUCUGGGACCACAAGCUGUGCAGUCUUUCUUUAAUUGGUUUUAUUGGUUUAUCAAUGUAGGUGCUAUAAUUGCCUACUCCGGAGUGGCAGCCGUACAACAGGACGUUGGAUUCGAUGUUGGUUUUCUCAUACCAUUAAUAAGCAUGAUAAUAGCACUUGCUAUUUUCGUAAUAAAUAAAUCAAAGUACAAUUCUUCACCUGCAGGAGGCAGUGUUCUCCAGGAUACCAUAGGUGUAUGUUGUGCUACAAAAUGUAAGGGUUUCAACAACGCCAGAAACAACAAUGGUGGCAAAUACAGUAAUGAGAUGGUAGACGGUGUUAUAGCUGUUCUGCGUAUUCUACCCGUAUUUUUAUUCGUCAUUAUGUACUGGGCAAUUUAUGCACAGAUGAGUACAACAUUUUUCUUGCAAAGUGAAAGAAUGGACAUUAAAGUAGGAUCAGGCAAUGUACCUGUUGCAGUGCUUAAUAUUUUUGACACUAUCAUUAUAAUAGCGUUAAUACCUAUAAUGGAAUCGUUUGUGUAUCCAUUUCUAGAAAGGAUCCAUAGAUCACCUUCAAAUCUACAAAGAAUGGGAAUUGGAAUGAUUUUGGCUGCAAUGUCCGUAUUUGUGGCGGGCAUUUUGGAAAUUUAUAGAAAGAAAGACAUUAGUAUUAUAGGCCAAACACUUGGUGGUGAUACAUUUAAUGCGUCAUCUAUAUCAGUAUUUGCACAGAUACCACAAUUUACUCUAAUUGGAGCAAGUGAAGUGUUUACAAGUAUAUCAGGGUUGGAAUUUGCAUAUUCUCAAGCACCAGAGUUUAUGCAGGGAGUUUGUAUGGGAUUAUUUUUGGCGACCUCUGGAAUUGGUGGUUAUGUAGCUGAAUUGAUUCUAGAAAUUGUAGUUGCUUUGACAGGAUCCAACCCUCCAGAUUCUUGGUUUCCAGAUGAAAUAAAUGAUGGCAAGACGGAAUACCUUUUCUUUUUAUUAGGGAUUUUAAUGUUAGUUGACUUUGUGUUGUUUGUCGUUGUUGCAUACUUUUACAAAUACCGAAAACUAGACAAAGAUGAGGCUGAGAUUUCAGAAUCAACACAAGAUAAAAACUGUGUCAUCAAUGAAAAUGUUGAAAUAACAGUACCUCAACAUGUAGUGGUGAAAUACGACAACAAGGAGCAGAACAUAACAACAGAAAUGUAAUUAAAACUGUUAUCGCGUAAAUGACAAAUGUGUUUCCUUUUUUUUAAUUACAAUACAUUUGUUUAUUUUUAUGAAACAAUAUACCGUUCUAACUGUUACGCAUGUAAUUGUUAAGAUGUAUAUUGACGUAUUGAUCGCCAACAAAGGCUAGGUAUGUGCCAGUUUUUUUAAACUGCAACUAACGGUCUAGAUAAACAUAUGGCAGGCACACGUACUAUAAGACAUGGUAUUAUUCAUUUCAGUUCUGUGGUAAAGACAUGAUUGAUAACAUGCCGUUCUUAAAUUCUCCGUUGAUAAAUUUGAAAAUCAUUAAGAAACUAACGUUCCAACUCACUC